GGAUCCAGGUAGCGCAGGCGCAGAGGAGACGUUCCACGCAGCUGGUGGACAGCUGGAAGGGUUGGUUGAGUGAGCCCGGCUCUUGCAGCUGGAAGCAAGGGGUCCCUCUGCCUGGUCCCGGGCCUGUCUCCGCAGGGGCGCAGGGCCGGAGAUGUGGUGAGAGCGCUGGCCAUGGCUGCACGCCAAGAGCUCACCUUCCAUGCCACUCUGGAAGAGUUUGAGGAGGCUGCUGACCUGCUGGCUGAGACACCAGGGGCAACCACCAUCUCCAGCCUUGGGGAACUGCAGGGCCACGUGAGCCUGGCUGUAGACCCUCAGGACCAAGAAGAUGGAGAAUUAGAAGAGAAUGACCAGACUCAGCUGCUGGGGGGUGAGAAACAACCUCCAAACUUCUGGACUUUCAGCUACCACCAGUCUUUCUUUGAUGUGGAUACCGACCAGGUGCUGGAAAGGAUCAAAAGUUCCCUGUUGCCGGCACCUAGCCAGAACUUUGUGAGACACUGUCUUCGGCAUCAUCCAGACCUCUACGGGCCUUUCUGGAUCUGUGCAACGCUGGCCUUCACACUGGCUGUGAGCAGCAACCUGGCCCCACUGCUGCAGAGCUGGAGAGAGGCUUCCCUUCCGUAUAGCCCCCAGUUUCAUAAAGUUACUGUCGCAGGGAUCACCAUUUACUGCUAUGCGUGGCUGGUACCGACAGCACUAUGGGGCUUCCUGCAGUGGCGCAAGGGGGUCAGAGAACGUGUUGGCUGCUACACCUUUCUGGAGACCGUGUGUGUCUAUGGAUAUUCCCUGUUUGUCUACAUCCCUACUGUGGUGUUAUGGCUGAUCCCCAUCUCCGGACUUCAGUGGUUUCUUGGGGUCUUGGCUGUAUCACUUUCAGGGGCUGUGCUCUUGCUCACCUUCUGGCCUCUCGUCCGUUCAGAUGCCAAGGUGGUUUCAGCAGUGCUGCUCACAGUCAUGGUCGCCCUGCAUGCCCUCCUGGCCCUCGGCUGCAAGUUCUAUUUCUUCCAGUCCCUUCCUUCGAGGUCCGUUCCUGUGACUCAAGCCCCCCUCCGCCAGGUCACACCCCCUGGAUCAUCCUCUAAGACUUCUGCAGCCUCCUAGAGGGACAGAGCAGCUGUGGGAAGCUGACAGACCAAGUACCAUUAGUCAUCCUAGGGGAGAAAGAAAAAACCAGAGCAGGGUGCCCCUGCCAAGUGGUCAUCAGCUGAUCUCCAGUGAAGGAAGAGGCCCCUGGUGCUGAUCACUGCGUUCAUUCUGCUGGUUUGAAGACAUUUCUUACAAAUCAAAAUGUUUAUUUUUUAUGCAAAGGUGAUUUAAAGAGACUAUAUAAACAUGGAACUUCUCA